GGGGGAUAUAACUAUCAUACAUGGCGCUUGUCGGAUAGAAUUUACCGCAUUUUAUUCGCUUUGUGCUAGAUAAAAAGAGCUGUACGGAGUAUGUAGUAGCGGACGGUAGAUGCUCAUUUAAUACUAUUUUAUUCCUUUUCUUUUGUCUCAAAUGCCCCUCUCCCAAUUCAUAACAAUGGAUGGAGACAACACCUUACGUCAUACACGCGUCGUCGCGUCUCUGCAAGUCGUGAAAUCACAUGACGUAGGCAUCAAUGUCUCCUUUUCGAGUAUUCAUCCGGUAGAGCUUUUUUUCCUUUUUCCUUUUUCCGUGUUUCUUUUUAUUUUUCUUUGCGAGUAAAAGAAAAGAAAGUUAAAAAGAUGCCACCGAAGAAAAAUAGUCUGAAAAACCCGACCCGACCCGACGAACCCGACAAGCACGUUCUCAAGACAACCCACCAGAGGACUAAACAACAGGCAAGACGAGCACGUCCAGCAACUAAAUCAAGAAUUAAUCGCGAACGGCAACAUAGGCUGGCCUUGGGAGGGAACACGCGCAGCCAGAACACCCUGACCCAAAUUGAUUUUGUGAAACGGGCGCAGGCAUUGCUGGCACUUGAUGAUGAACAUGAGGAUGACGGGUUGGAGCUAGAGUAUAUUGAUAGGGAUAAUUGGGAUGGAGAGUAUGGCGAAUCUGGCCAAUCGUCAAAACGGAGAAAGGGAAGCGGGAAGAGGGAUAGCACUGGAAAGAAGAGUGGUAUUGCUGGGAGGAAGGAGGUGGAUGAGACUGAUGGAGAGGAUGAUGACAGGACUCUGACCCAGAUGGGUUAUGUUAUGAGGUCUAGUGGUUGGGACUGUGAUGGAGGAACACGCCACUUGCAUGCUGGGUUGGGCAAGAGGAAGGGCGUGCCCCUGAUGGAGACUAUUGGAGAGGAGCUAGAAGCUGAGAUGGGUGAUGAAACUCUUCAAAAGAUCAGCACAAACUGUGACAGCCAUAUUGGCAGACGAAGCAAGAAAAGAAAGGCUUCGGAGGCGAAUAUUGAAGGCUAUCCUUCGCAAAUUGUGCAUCCUCCUCCCCUCAACUCUGGAGCCGAUAUAUCAGCAGCAGGACCUGUGACGCCACGGAGACCAAUCAGACUGGUAGUUCCUUCAUCACAAUCACCAGACAGUCCAGAUCUGAUAAUCUCCCCACGGACAUUCAAGGAGCCUCCGCCUAAAUUUCCACUUGCGCCGUUACCUCAUAAUGUGACGCCAAAGAAAGCUACAUCUCCCCUGAAAAAUGAAUAUAAAACUUCCAGCCGUGUCUCGCGAACGACGCCUUACGAAAUCCCCGAGUCCUCUUUUUACUCUGCUGGCACUUGUUCUUCUUCUCGCAGUUGCCCAGAGGAGUCAGUAAUCGGGCAUGAAACUACACCUACUACAUCUCCUCCACUGGUGUUUGAAGAGGACUCGAAUACGAAGCUCCCAACCUCAUCGCAUGAUUUACAAAAUAAAAUAAGGACAGAAGGCCAGGAGAUAGGACCCGGGGAUCCUGACACGACUGUCCGUGAUGCAGAAAAGUCAAAGAACAGGGUGAUAUAUGAAACGGACGCAGAAACAGAGGACGAGGAGGUCUACGACUCUAUAUUUCACAUUUCAGGCAACGACCACGAUUCCUGGCGGACGCAAAGUCAACUAUUUCAUAACUGCAGAUCGGGCAACGAUGAUGGUGAUGGUGAUGAUAACACUCUACGUGAACUCCCGACUCAAUACCGUAACUUAGGCCCGGAAACAUGUCACACCCUUCCUGAGAAUACUCUUGGAUCCGAGCCGUCGAUACUCUAUUACCGCAAACCCAUGAGCUUAGCGUUUGAUCCGGGCUCUGAGCUCGACAAUAUCGAUACACAGAGGCUGGCUGAGCUAUUUCCAGCCGUCGAGGCAGAAAACGAGGAAUGCGCAAUCUCUCCACUUUCUACCAUUCCCGAGGAAGAACAUGAAUCUCAACAGGGAAAGGGAGAAGAUGAUACCACAUCAAAACCCGCCGAGAAUAGCCAGACGAACCUUGUCAUGAAUUCACAACCGGCUCAGCAUCUGAACACUGCAAUAGAGGGAAAUAUUCCUCCCCCGUCGUCACCACCCGUGGUGCUAGUUGCGUCCUCACAGCAAAGUGACGUUGGCGAUGCAGAGCCGGACCAGAUUGCUUGCGGAGAUUCGCAGAUUGGAUGCCAGGGCCUUGUGACCGCAAGCCAAUUGUUGACAGAUAGCAUGAUGGAGAGCGUUCCUGGUCCGCCUAUUUGGAUGUCCAGCCAACAUCUCUCACAGGAGGAGCAAGAAGAUACGGGUUGAGACGUAGCGGUUAAAAUUUUUAGCAUGGCUUAGGCUUUAUCUUUUCGCGCAGUGGGUGUUGAGAUAUCUGUAAACUAUUUUUUAAUUGGGAUAAGUUGGCUGGGAAUUUUGGGGCUCAGUUAUUUAGUCAUUCUGGUUUGAAUUAUUAGAUACACACGUUUCAAAUAAUUUAUUACAGCUGCCAUGUCAUGUCUAUCCCGCCCCUUUUUUCCUG